AAGUACAGAAAUGAUCACCGCAAAGAUCAUCGUGUUGCUUAUCGCAGUUUCUGAUAUUACAGUACGAUCAGAUGAUGCUGAUGAUGGCCAUGAAGAGUAUGAAUGCAUAGAAAUCAAUGAGAUCUUCACCAACUGUUCAACUUCAUGUCCCCAAACAUGCGAAGAUAGGGUAACAACAUGUGAUUAUGUGUGCAAAACCGGAUGUGUCUGUAAGCCAGACUACAUACGAGAGGAGAUUGGGGGUAAAUGCAUUCUUAUACGGGAUUGCAAGAACGAGCCGACCAACACCACCCCAGUGCCGACCACUACCACCCCAGCAUCGACCACUACCACCGCAAUACCGACCACUACCACCCCAACACUGACUCCUGUCACACAUCUCACAUCCACAGAGUUGUGUCUCACCCAUUCAACCACCCCAGUGCCAACUACUACUACCACCCCAGUGCCCACUACUACCACUCCAGCACCGACCACUACCACGCCAGUGCCUACUACUACCACUCCUGUGCCCACUACUACCACCCUAGCUCUAACCACUACCACUCCAGGGCCAACUACCACCACCCCAGUACCGAUCACUACUACCCCAGUGCCCACUACUACCACCGCAGUACCGACCACUACCACCCCAGUGCCUACUACUACCACUCCUGUGCCCACUACUACCACCCCAGCUCUAACCACUACCACGCCAGUGCCGACUACCACCACUCCUGUGCCAACUACCACCACCCCAGUACCGACCACUACCACCCCAGUGCCUACUACUACCACUCCUGUGCCAACUACUACCAGCCCAGUACCGACCACUACCACCCCAGUGCCGACUACUACUACCACCCCGGUGCCCACUACUACCACUCCAGCACCGACCACUACCACGCCAGUGCCUACUACUACCACUCCUGUGCCCACUACUACCACCCUAGCUCUAACCACUACCACUCCAGGGCCAACUACCACCACCCCAGUACCGAUCACUACUACCACCACCCCAGUACCGAUCACUACUACCCCAGUGCCCACUACUACCACCGCAGUACCGACCACUACCACCCCAGUGCCUACUACUACCACUCCUGUGCCCACUACUACCACCCCAGCUCUAACCACUACCACUCCAGGGCCAACUACCACCACCCCAGUACCGAUCACUACUACCCCAGUGCCCACUACUACCACCGCAGUACCGACCACUACCACCCCAGUGCCUACUACUACCACUCCUGUGCCCACUACUACCACCCCAGCUCUAACCACUACCACUCCAGGGCCAACUACCACCACCCCAGUACCGAUCACUACUACCCCAGUGCCCACUACUACCACCGCAGUACCGACCACUACCACCCCAGUGCCUACUACUACCACUCCUGUGCCCACUACUACCACCCCAGCUCUAACCACUACCACUCCAGGGCCAACUACCACCACCCUAGUACCGAUCACUACUACCCCAGUGCCCACUACUACCACCGCAGUACCGACCACUACCACGCCAGUGCCUACUACUACCACUCCUGUGCCCACUACUACCACCCCAGCUCUAACCACUACCACUCCAGGGCCAACUACCACCACCCCAGUACCGACCACUACCACCCCUGUGCCAACUACCACCACCCCAGUACCGACCACUACAACACAAAUGCCAAAAGUGUGCGGGUACAACCAAGUCUGGGAACAGUGCAGUGACAAAUUCUGCAGAAGAACAUGCGAAAAUAUCAACGGUCCAGUCGCUUGUCUUGAUCUUUGCCUUGAGGGUUGUUCGUGUAUGCACGGCUUUGUUUGGAACCACGACCAGACCGAAUGUAUUCCAGUUGAAGAAUGCUCCAUUGAAUGCGGGCUUAACCAACACUGGUCCCAAUGCAGCGACAUUCAAUGCAGACGAACAUGUGCUAACUUCGGACAAGACGUUCCGUGUCCACAACUGUGUAUGCCUGGGUGUACUUGCGAUUCGGGUUACGUAUGGAACAGCAACGAAACGGAAUGUAUUCAAGCUUGCGAUUGUGGAAAAGACGUUUGCCAUGAAAACGAAGAAUGGGGUAAGUGUGCAAAUCCCGAAUGCAAGAGGACUUGCCAGGACACAAACGAAAAAGCGUGCUCGGAUUGUUUCCCUGGAUGUGUGUGUCGUCCGGGAUAUAUUUGGGAUGAAAUUCUACAGGAAUGCGUCCCAGAAAAUUACUGCUCAGGAUGUGGUAUAAACGCAAUUAUGUCUUCCUGUACGAGCGGCUGUGAACCAACGUGUCAAGGGCUGAGCCCUUUCCCUUGUCCAGCUGUUUGCAUCCCUGGAUGCACUUGUUUGCCAGGGUAUCUAAUGGACCACCAUCAAGGCCAUUGCGUUCUACCAUCGGAGUGCUCUUCAGUGUGUCCAAGGAGGAAAACGUGGUGUAGACAUCUUCCAUCCAACAGAGUCACCUGCCAAAAUAUUUUAUACCCCCAGUGUGCCCAUCAAAGUCAUGCAAAUCAAACUUCGUAUCCUGGUUGUGUUUGUAAGGAGGGAUUAAUAUUAAACGAACUUACGAACGAAUGCAUUACACCGAAGCAUUGCUUGAGGUUAUUGAGAUAAACCUGUAGAAUUGCCAGAGUCCAGAAUAUCUAGCAUGAGAUUAAUUAUAGUUUACUGUUUGUUAUAGCAUCAAUGUUCAGUUCUUCGCAAAUAAAAUAAUA